GGUUAAAUUAAUCAUAGCGCGUACAAAUGAACAAUUCAAAUGAAAAGCCCUUCGUUUUCUAGUCAGAUCUGAAAACACGUUUUUCACGUGAGCAACAUUAGCUCGCACGGAGAAUCGCGUGCACACACGAGAUCGUGUCGUAUUAUUUCAGAGAGCACAAUUUAGAGUGUCCCACUAAGUUGCCGCUGUCCCACUAGUUCGCCAUCUUGGCCUAUUUCGUGUUUGCCUUCACACUGCGGCAGGUAAGCGCCGUACCGUGCAAUAAUCUGGACCAGAUUUCAACGUCGGAAAACUUGGCGAGGUGACAAUUUUCAGGUCACACGUUUGAAAACUCCCAAUGAGGCGUGUCGUCUGUUAGUGGUCAGUGUGUUUCUGUCAGUUAACCGGUGGCGUUCACUAAACAUUUAAAUUGCAUUUCUGACUUGUAGGUGAAUCUGUGAUCUCAGCAAUGAAGACGGGACAUCUGCUCUUGAUAUUGGCGUCGGUGGUCGUGGCGACCCAAGGUGCUGCACAGCCCCUGUCCAUCAUCAGUGAGUUGGAACUCCAGGCACACAGGGAGUUCAAGACUCUGUUGGAUCAUCUCAGCUUUAAUAAACAGAAUGACGAAUUCGACUCGAAGCGGGUAAGAUUAAAUUUGACAAAAUUUUCUACGACUUUUGGGAGAAGUGAGCUUCUCAAAACAGAUUAAAUCUCAGGUUUAAAUUGAAGUGCUUGAAACAUGUUAAACUCCUUUGUGGUACACUUUAUUCAUCUGUCAUAAAAUGGGUCUCUAGGGGGAGUUACGGCAGGGUUUUUUUUUACGAAUAAAAAGAUUGAAAAUAAGAAAGACAAUACAAAUUUUGUUUCAACGUACAGUUCACCAUGUUAACGUCUCUUGCUUGAAUGACUGAAUACUUAAUAGUUGCCCAUUAAUGGCGAACCAAAAGAGGUAUUUCAUGAGAGGUGGCCUGACAGGGGAUAAUGCGCAAACUGCAACUGGGGCAGAACAGCGUAACUGGGGCAGAAUAGCGUAACUGGGGCAGAAUAGCGUAACUGGGGCAGAAUAGCGUAACUGGGGCAGAAUAGCGUAACUGGGGCAGAAUAGCGUAACUGGGGCAGAAUAGCGUAACGGGGGCAGAAUAGCGUAACGGGGCAGAGCACCGAAACUGGGGGCAGAGCACCGAAACUGGGGGCAGAACAUCGAAACUGGGGGCAGAACAUCGAACCUGGGGGCAGAACAUCGUAACUGGGGGCAGAACAUCGUAACUGGGGGCAGAACAUCGAAACUGGGGGCAGAACAUCGAAACUGGGGGCAGAACAUCGAAACAGGGACAGAGCAUUCAAAACAGGGGCAGAUCUUCGAAACAGGGGCAGAUUACUGAAGCUGGGGCAAAAUAUCAUAACCUUUGAACAAACGUAACUCCGUGACCUUAGAACAAACGUUACUCCGUGACCUUAGAACAAACUCAGAUAUACGAAGGGACAUAUACGUACCCAUCCGACCCUCAAAUGGGAUACAAGUUAAUCUUUAGCAGCCCCCACUUCCCACACACAUACACCUUUUUUUCUUAACUUAUGAAAGUUCACGUGUAGACCCGCGGCGCCCUCGGUUAGAGUAGAGCUCAAACAAUUGUACAAUCGUGCUAUGCUACAAGUAAACAUGGUUUGUUGCUAUAUUUAGGCAAUGCUGCCCAACUUAAUUCAUUGAAAAUGGUCACGGUUAAAUGGCGAAGUCGUUGAGACGUUCGCACCAACCGUAUGAUUAUUUGACUGUCACUCUAAGACAGCGGUUCUCAACCUGCGAGUCACAACCGUUUUGAGGGUCGAACGACUCCCUCACGGGGGUCGCGUAAGAUCAUCGGAAAACAUAUUUAUCAAGUAGCAACGAAAAUAAUUUUAUGGUUGGGGGCAAUGUUCCCUCUAAGGUUUGUUGGUUCGUGUGCAAAAUCAUACAUUUGUGUACAAAGUUUUACAGCAUCAAUUUUUUUGUGUGGAAAAUUGUACAGCCCACAAACACUCACUUACAUGGAAAUUUGCUGCGCGGUACUCAAAACUGCUGCGCGGCGUCUGUGAGAUAGCUGCACAGCCGUGCCGUGCAGCCGUGCAGCUUAAAGAGAACAUUGGUUGGGGGUCACAACAUCAGGAACUGUAUUAAAGGGUCUCAUCUCACUAAAACACAUCUGCCUGACUCUCAUCUCACCAAAACACAUCUGCCUGACUCUCAUCUCACCAAAACACAUCUGACUUUCAUCUCAUUGAAACGCAUCACCCAGAAAAUCCUCUCUCCGAGUCCCAUCUCACCAAAACCCAUCUCACCAAAUCCCAUCUCACCAAAUCCCAUCUCACCAAAUCCCAUCUCACCAAAUCCCAUCUCACCAAAUCCCAUCUCACCAAAUCCCAUCUCACCAAAUCCAAUCUCACCAAAUCCCAUCCCACCAAAUCCCAUCUCACCAAAUCCCAUCUCACCAAAUCCCAUCUCACCAAAUCCCAUCUCACCAAAUCCCAUUUUUCGAAGACCAUUUACCCGUGACCCAACCGAUCUAUCUGAAUCCAAACGAAAGUGCUUUGUCGUGCUUAACUUUCAGACAUAAAAAUAAAUGCAUUUCAUAAAUAUCGUCACAACAGAAAGUCAAUGGACGAGUCCAGUCCUUCUCAUUCAAGAACUGUGCUGACCCCAACACUGAGAUAGCCGUGCCAAGUAACAUCCGGGUGUCGCCAGACCCCAUCAAAAUACCUGGCAACAUCACUGUCUCUGGGAAGGUGGUGUUCAAGACAAGUUUCGGCUCACCUAUUAAAGUAAGUCAGGGUGAUCUGUUACCUAAACACGUACAUUUUCAUUCAUUGACGAUUCAUUCAUUCUCAUUCGUAGAGAAUUCAAACAUGUAUAAGGACAUCGUAAAUCAUAUUUUGAUAACGGUUUACGUUGAAAAAAAAUUUCACCUGUCUGACCUCUUUUUCGAGUCAAUGAUAAAUUUGAUAAAUCGUUUUAAUAAUGCUUUUAAAUUAUUGAAAUGAAUGAUUUUCUCGUUCAAUUUGUGUUCAAGUUUAAUAUCUAUAGUUUUGGUAUCGUGUAACCCGAUAUUGAAUUUUUAACAAAUCUAUUUACUCGAUUGAAGUCAAUUAAGUGCACAUCAAACCAGUCCACUUGAUCUUUUAUAAAAACGGUUUCCUUUACUCCAGGCCGUUGCUGUUAUUGAGAAGGAAGUGUUCGGGGUGUGGGUCAAGGUCCCCUGUGUUGACAACGUCGGCUCCUGUACAUACAACGACCUGUGCACCAUGGUCGAAAUCAAAGACUGCCCACCUCAGAUUACCAGUAUUGGUCUGUCCUGUCAAUGUCCCUUUCCAGAAGUGAGUCAACUUACAGUAUUUUUAAAAAUUUAAACUGUUCUAUAACGAAAUAAGACAGUUUUAUUUUUAGUAUCGUAAUAUUUUAGUUUUAAGUUGAUUAUUUAUUAUUAGCCGUUAGUAAGUAAUGAUGAAUACAUACAUGAUAAAUACUUACAUGACAAAUACUCACAUGAUAAACAUUUACAUGAUAAAUACAUGAGUAUUUCGAUUUUUAAUAAAAGUGCUAGUUUAUAUGUGUGUAUGCGUUGCUUUUGUUAAAAAAUAUUAAUUUUAUUAGGAAAAGGGGGAAGGGGGUUAAUUAGGCCAGAUGAUUGGUUAAUGUGUCUGGCACCUCAACUGUGUACACCGACGCUGGGUUCAGUCUGGCACCUCAACUGUGUACACCGACGCUGGGUUCAGUCUGGCACCUCAACUGUGUACACCGACGCUGGGUUCAGUCUGGCACCUCAACUGUGUACACCGACGCUGGGUUCAUAAGUCCAAAAAAUGCGUGGGGGGGGGGGAGCGGUUGUGAAGGUCUGGACGAAUUGAAAAAUUAGCUUCAGGAAUGUUGAAGACUAAAUGUCAAUCAAGUCUGAGAUCAGCGUUCUUAGAGCUAAACAUGACAGAUUCUAUAAGGGCUUUUAACCCCUUUCGACGACGAACAUGCGAGAAUUAUAAUGAACAACUAACCAAGGAAAACAGAGUCGCCAACCGGCCGUAAAUUGACGGACAGUCGUCAUGGACGUGACUGGCAGACUGACCCCUGUGUAAAUAAUUCUGCAUGCAUCCAUGACUAUGCCAAAAAAGCAUUCUGUCAUCUAUGACUAUGCCGCAUAAAAAGUAGUUAUUUAAAUUAAUGGUGUAAAAAUAUAAUUGCAAUGCAACGUUUACCUUGGAUCUCUCGCGUUUUCUUGAGGAUCUGGAUUUUCAUACAGUAGAGCGUCGUUAAUCACGACUAAUGAGACUCCAGGGGAUGAUUCGGAUAAGCUUUUUCGGAUAACUGAACACUCCCACAAAAAGGUUGUGUUCAAGAGGUUAGUCCAACGAGUCGAUCCCAGGCUUGUGGACUGGAGUUCAGUCCUCAUCAUCCUAGACAAAGCAAAACAGCAGCACCCCGGAUAGAUUGUACGCGUUAAUGCUUGCAGGGAAACUCGUCUAAGGGGAGGCAACUCUGAAAUUAAAACUGGAGAUGGAGUCCCGUAGGCGCUACGACACUGACACAAUGAAUCUUCCGAUAACUCCUGCGACGUGGAACGCACAAAGAGCACAGUGAGACAAACUCUGCCGGUCAUCCACUGCGUCCUGGUCUAUCUCCAGUCGUCUUGACUAUGUCUUGCCACUGGAUCAAUCGUAUACGAGAGAGUGAGGCUGACGAAAUGAACAACUCUCCCUCACUUUAAACAACAACAAAACAACAGUUCAAGUCAAGGCUACUACUACUCAAGGCGAAGCCUGAGCCAUCUACGCAUGCGAAAGAUGGGAAAUAGUCUAUAGAGUACAGUUUAUUCUUACUUAAUUGUACAGUGUUUUAUGUACUUUUAUGGGAGGGUUUUGGUUUUUUUCCUGGUAAAACAUUUACUACUAAAAAAUAGAUGACUGACGUCAUCUAGAAAUAAAAUCCAUGGCCACUCUUGUCUUUGUAUUCGUGUAGUCUGCCAUACACUGUGUUAGUUGGCAGAUCGUAUUACCCCAGUCUGGCGGCCGUUCAAGAGCGAAAUGCUCAGUAACGCUUCAGCAGAUAUUAAUGUCGGUGACAGCAUCAGCAAUACGGUGAACGUCUUUUACCUGGAUUGUCAAGAUGGGUCGACAUUGUUUUCUGAUGUUUGUUCUUUGUACUCUAAUGCCCCACGCCAUGGACAAUGCCCCACGCCAUGGACAAUGCCCCCCGCCAUGGACAAUGCCCCACGCCAUGGACAAUGCCCCACGCCAUGAACAAUGCCCCACGCCAUGGACAAUGCCCCACGCCAUGGACAUUGUGUGCGAUCAUAUUUUUUUUUUAAUAUAUUGGCAGUUGGGAUAACCGGAUUUUCGGAUAACGAGCGUUCGAAAAAAAAAAGACAAAUUUCUAUACAAGUGGGUCUGUUUUUUCGUGUGUUUAAAAUAGUAUAGAAUCCGUAGCCGAUAAAUUGAAUUGAAAUGAGAUACUGAGCUCUAAGCAUUGAUUCAAUCCGCCUUGAACGCCGAUAGGAUUUAUUUAUUACGCGUUAAUCAUCUUCACUAUCUUAUUAGUAGUUCAUUAUCUUUUGCUUGGAAGAAUGCAACUUAAAGUACAUUCAAUAAUUUAUGUACAUAUUUUAUCAAUAGUUUCUAAAAAUAUAUUAAAUUACGGCAUUCCAUGUUUUUAUGCUGUUUGGUGUACUUUAUUGAUGGCUAAAUGAUAUGCCCACUGGCUCGGCCCACUGGCUCAGUGAUGGCUCACUCGAUCAGCGAUGGCUCACUCGCUUGGUGUCGGCCCGCUGGCUCAGUGACAGUCCACUAGCUCAGUGAUACCAACUGUAAUGGCUCAGUGAAAGCCCACUAGCUCAGUGACAAAAUAGCAUCGGUUUUCUCUUUCAUCCAUCAUUAAAGCAAGCAAUAUUUUAUUUUAUCGUGAGUUUAUUUUUACAACAGCGACGAUGUUCAUGCGACGGCUUGACGAAACAGCGACACAUAAAAUAAGGGUGUUCAUAAAAUAAGAGAUAACUUUCUCACUCGGCUUGGGAUACCGAGUCAUAAAUAAAAACAACUGGAAGUGGAAUAACUGCUACAAUUUUGGGAGUUCCUUCCCCUUUUUUCAAGUUCCUUCCCCUUUCUUCAUCAUUUGUGGUGUUGUUUUUUUUUUGUUUUUUGUUUGGGGAGGGUAUCGUGUGAUAUGUACUUAUGAAUGUACUAUAAUCAAAUUCUUUCUGUUCUCAGGGAAGUUUUAACGUGGCACCAGUUACAGUUGAAAUAAAAGAAUCGCUCCCGGUCAAAGUUUCGGGUGGGGUCAAGAUCCACGUGACAGCCACUUACCAGAGUCAGCUGUUGACCUGUGUAGAGCUGCAGCUUACACUCGCCUGAUCACAGCCGCUGACCCGUGUAGAGCGGCAGUUUACACUCGCCCGAUCACAGCCGCUGACCCAGUUCUGACCUAUUUGGUAGAAAUAUCAGAAAUUCGGGCACACGAAAUUAAAUGCAUAUCUUUACAACAGUAUUUGAUGUUAUUUAAGAUACCAGUUCCAAGUAAUAAAAAAUUGAAUAAAGUUACAAAUCUGUUUUUAUUUUGUCAUUUCCAACCAGUUUUCCCACACUGUC